GAUGCCUAUAAAUCCUCCCUUUGUUGGUUCCAUAGAAUCACCGGCCGCCUCCUCCACGAGCAAGCAGGUCGGCAGCGAGUUCUACAUCCCUUUUCCCAUCUCUCGUUGUCAGUCCUUGAAGCUUCGGCUUUCCAAGGUCAUGUUUCCCAGAGGCGCAGAUAUCCGGCUUGUAAGCAGUCACCCAGAGGUUUAUGAGCCUUGUGAUGACUCAUUUGCAUUGGUUGAUGCCCUCCUUGCUGAUCGAGGGAACCUAUUAAAUCACCAGGCAAGGUUUUGCAUGGAAAUUGGUUGUGGAAGUGGUUAUAUAAUCACAUCAUUAGCUAUCAUUCUCGGGAAAGAGAACUCUGGAAUUCAUUAUUUUACGAGUGACAUCAAUCCUUAUGCUACUAGAGUGACUCAGAGAACUCUAGAUGCUCACGGUGUACAUGCAGAGAUUAUCAACACUGAUAUCGCCUCUGGGCUUCAGAAGCGACUUGUAGGCAUGAUGGAUGUCAUUGUUGUGAAUCCUCCCUAUGUGCCAACACCGGAGGAGGAAGUUAGUUGUGAAGGGAUCACUGCAUCUUGGGCAGGAGGGUAUAAUGGGCGCACUGUAAUUGACAGAAUCCUCCCUGUGGUGGAUGAGCUUUUGUCAGAUUCGGGUUGGCUUUAUAUGGUCACCCUGACAGCUAACAACCCUUCAGAGAUUUGCUUGUUAAUGAGGAAAAGGGGUUUUGCAUCUCGCAUUGUUGUUCAAAGAUCAACAGAGGAGGAAAGCCUCCAUGUUAUCAAGUUUUGGCGGGAGGGAGUAGAUGAUGUGAAGGAUGGGAAUAUAACAUCUUCUUUGGGUACUUGGUUUGGUACUAAAUAGAAUUUCAUGUUUUUUUGAGCAAAAUGUAAGAUUUCACAACCAAAGUUUGUAACUUCAAAGUUUAGACAAUUUUAUCUAGAGGUGCUACAUGUUUUCACCAAUGCACGGUAAGUCUUUUCUUCGUUUA